AGAUGCUAUUUGUCCGGUUUACCCCCCUCCUAUCCUAACCCCUUCCCUCUGCCUUAAACCAAACCCUCUCUUCUUUUUUCCUGUGUACUGUCUUCAAAGGAAACCUCUUGUCGUGUCACAGGCUCUGAAUUGUCAUCGCAAAUUGACAAGAUUUUGAACGCAGUGACUAUAUCUAAUGUUUUUUCUUGCAAGGCAGCAUUUUAUUCAAUUGGUAUGUUUCGGAAAUCAACGAGGAGAAAAAUCUGUUCCGCGUCGGAAGAGCUUAUAAAGCUGUGGGAACAGCCACUUUUGAGCAAAAUCGUAAUUACAGUGCGGCUUGGUAAUUCCAGAAUUUUCUGAAGGUGUUGUCAUGUUGUAUGUAUGUUUUGGUCUCUUCAUGAGUGGUCCUGUGACAACUAAUAGCAUUCUACAGACCUUUUAUUCAUAAUUUUUGAGUUCUUUAAUCGAUUAUGAGGUACUAGGUUUAAAGUUUCGCAAGUAGUAAACGGAGGUUGACCAGGGAGAACCGAAAGAUGAACGCUGACACGUAUUUGUGAGCACGCUUCUAAAAGAUUUACUUCGCACGACUGUCUCGGACCUUGGAAUGCAGUGUCACCCGAAAGGUCGUGUGGUCCGAAACUCACCGAAACGUUGAUACGUCCUGGGAGUGAUGCACUGGCUUCCUCUGGUUGCCAUGGUGAUUGCCUCGGCCUUGCCUUUUCCUCAAAGCCCUCUGCCCAGGAUUGUUGCCGCGACAACUGACUCUAGCAGAAAUUUUGACAACCACAGUCUGGACAGCAGUUCCUCAGAGGCGGGGUCUCGCACUCCUGUAAAGGUGCCUGUGGACUACAAUUCCCAUGGUAAUGUUUCCCAAAAGGACUACAGUAUGGCUGUCAGGAAGGAGGGUGAAGCCUCCCAGCAGAAAGCAGUUGACCAUCACGUUCAGAGCACCUUGGAGGACUUAAGCUCACUGUCCCACAAGAAGCAGGGAGAACAUUUAACCAAGGGGAAACACAAUAAAAAAUCUUUCAAACCCAAACACAUCUUGCUCAACAGCAACACAGACCCUGGCAGCUCAGAGCAACAGGGCGGUACUGAUGGCGAAAGCGUCAGAGGACAGGUGACUGGCCAUGAUAGCCAUGGCUCACGGGGCAAAACUGAGAGUCUGACCAAACUGGGCUUGGUUGAGACAGGACUACUGGUAGCAGAGACAACCAGUAACAGCAUGCAUGACAGCCUGCCACUGAGUGGGGCGUACAUCUCAGAGCCCAGUGCAGAUCUAACACAGACAGACUCAGACACAGGGGGCAAUAAACUGAAGCAGAGGGGGGCGACAGAGGAGAGCCGAGGACAAGAGGCCACAGAGGACGCGGGAGAGGCACGGGAAGAGGUGGGCCUGGGGUUGGUUCUGGGCCUUGGCCACGGGGGCCUACAGGCCGAUGAGGAUUUUUUGUUUCUGGACUUGCACCCCCGGGUGCUCUUCUCCUCCUCCCCCCUGCCCCCCAAGGACCCCCCACUGCUGCUUAUGCGGGAGAGAGACCUGCUGUCAGGCGAGGGGGUUGAGACGGGCGAGGACGGGAGCGGAGAGCUGUGGGACGGGGACAGGGAGGACAAGGCGGACGGCGCUGGCUCGUACCAUAACGUUCUUCUCGGUCGGACGGACACGGACGCCCCGGGGCAGCUGCGGAGCCGGCGCAGCCUGUCGCCUCUGGGGGGUGGACGCGAGUUGUCCGUGUGCGACGAGCAAAGCGAUUGGGUGAAAAGCGACACGGCCGUGGACAUCCAUCAGCACACGGUCAGCAUCGUGCCUGAGAUCCGCACGCAGACCGGCCCGAUCAAGCAGUACUUCUACGAGACGCGGUGCCGCGAGGACCCGCAUCGGAGCGCGCCGGCCAGCGGCUGCCGCGGCGUGGACAAACGCCAGUGGAACAGCAGCUGCCAGACCAAGCAGUCGUUUGUGCAAGCCCUCAUCCAGGACGGCACCAGGCGCAAGUGGAGCUGGAUCCGCAUCAACUCGUCCUGUGUGUGCGUGCUGCUGUCGCGGGUCAAGAGACCCCAUCGCAUGGUGGGAGUAGGGACAGGAUGAAGACGAAGGAGAAGGGGGAGAGAGGGGGGGCGAAGGAGGAGAGUCAACUGAAGGUAGAAUGGAUGGGAGACUGAGAUGAAUAAGAUGUCAGAGAGAGAAAUGGUAUUCAAAAAUAUCUCAAGUACAACUGAAUGGAAAAUACACUAAUUAAGAACUGAAGGAACCGCAUGACACGUGGCCAAUCUCGUCGCCGUAGUUGAACACUACACCACACACAAAGGCUCCAAAAUAGCCUUCACAUGGAGUUUAUAGAACUUCUUCUUCUCAACCGAGCCCCAGGUGGGGACUGAGGAAGGAAAGGAAAGAUGGAGAGAGGGAGUGAAGACAGGCACGUCCUCGGGGGAUUCCUGCUGUGGAGGGCACCUCCUUGUCUGUGCAUCUGUGCUUGCGUUCAGAGCAAAACUCAUAUCCAGAUGCCGUUCUUGUAUUUACUGUUGGAUUCUUUAGAUCCUCCCGACUCUCCUUCUCUCCCUCUCUCUCUCUCAGCCACCAAUUUCUCCUGCCUGCUCUUCUCAUUCUCGUUUAACUCUUCCAUACCCAAUUGACAUCUAUCAUUCCAUCAUUACAUUUCUGUCUCGGUAUGACUACAUACACAAGAAAACCUCAUCACUGGGACUAAAAGAGAAAAUACUAUCAUGAUAUAUUUUAUGUAUUAGAAGCUUAAAAUGUAAGACCCUUGUAUUUUUUGUUUACUAUUUGUACUCUAAGUUAUUUGUUUUUGUCAGUAUAUCAGCAUGAGUACUUUUUAUAUUAAUAUAUUGAUUUCUUUAUAUAUGUGUCAUAUGUGAAACCUAUUCUUUGAAAUGUGUGUCACUAAAUCGAGACUGUCUGCAAGCUGGUUCUGUGUAACGCCUCGAUACACUAAGACCAGGGGUCUGAAAAUGAAUUUGCCAGCAACAGCCUUUCGAGUGAAUGGAAAAUUCCACACCAAUAAAAUCCCGAUUACUUUGUGCGGUCGGGACGACUUUGAAAGUCGUUAGCUUUUUCUCUUGACUCUUCUUUUCCGUAAAGGUGGAAGGCUGCGAUGAUGGAGCAGUGUCGCCAAUUGAAGAGGCAGAAUCCCCCAAAACUUCAAAUAUAGAUUGCGGCUAUGAAUAAUAAUUUGUUUUAAUUAACUACAUUAUUGGCCUGUCUAGGGGCAUUCUGCUGAUAAUGCCAAUGCACACUUUGGUUGCAUAUUCAUGUGCCUGAUUUUUUUUUAUACAAUAUGUAACUGUAAACAACUUGUACAAAAUAAUAUAAAGUAAAUUAUGAAGUAAAAUGAACUGAAGUCAGUGUGCUGCACCAUCAUUUGAAGAAGAGUGACAUGCCACACACACACACACACAC